UAUGCUGGGUGCAUCUCGCUGGAUGAAUUGAAGAUCCAAUUUUCCCUCUUGCUGAAACUUUCAUGAUCUUUUCAUCAAAUCUCUCGGGUUUAAUCGGCUGUGAAUCUUAUUAUACGCGUACUUCACUAUACGAGCCAUCAAACCAUUCCUCUUUUUUAUCUAAAUGGGUAUAAUCUCAUCAAAAUAGGAUGGAUCCGCGAUAUUAUUUUCUGCUCAUGAAAGAAUUUUCUUUUAGAUUUUAAAUAAAAACUUGCCAAAGUUUCGAUUGACACAACAGGAAACCAUGUAUCCAGGACAAAGGACCCCUUCGACUAGUCGGAUUCCUACAGAAUACCCGAGCCUAACUGGAUCUCUGCUAGGAAACAAUGUGACAGAUGGCCGACAAGUUAUUGGAUUCAGGGAUCCGUACGCGAGAGCUUCAUAUUCUCGCAGAUACUCAACAUCUAUGCCCAACGCAUUGAUGACAGCUGGAGAUUCGGAGGGUGCGACGGAGAAACCGUCGGAAAUCAUCGUGAUCUUCAACAAUGCGAGCCUCGAAGAAGCUCCGAAGAAGUCGCUCAAGUUUUUCCACGGAAUUUGCUUUUUCUUGGCUGGCGUAACUACUUACAAUUGGUUCUACAUCGUCCUUGCUGCUGGUUCUGAUUGGAUCGGAGUGGCCUCAUCUGGAAACAGCACAGAUGCCGAUGGACACUUCACGCAGUCGGACAGACAUUGGACGCCCUUGUGUCACGAGAAAUCCGCGUCUUUCGCAUUAAUUACCUACAUGAUUCCGGUUUUCGUUGGGAAGUUGGUCGCGAUGGUGACGUUGAAUAUUUCAAUUUUGAUACGGAUAAUCGGAGUGGCCGUGAUUGGAAUUAUUGGUGGUAUGUUGAUUGCUUUGUCGAGAAAUAUCUACGCUUCGGCAGUCGGAGUCGGUUUGGCUGGAUUUUAUUGCGGGUUUUGUGAAGCCACUUUCAUCAGCCUUUCGUCUUUAUUUCUCAAGAGUGCGACGGCAUGGUUCACUUUUGGCAUGGGCGUUAUUUGCGUGGUGAUAGCGUGCUUAUACGUGGUGUUCCAGGAUUUCGUCCACGAGCCGUUUAUUUUCUUGCAAAUCAAUGCUGCUUUUCCGGUCGUCAUGUUAAUUGCGUUCGCUUUGAUGUACAGGGACUUUCCGGAAAGGGCAGCGAGUCGAGGGUUGAAUUUUAAGCAGAGGACCGCUGACCUUGUUCAGCACUACAGGAAUUAUCUGUCCCUGUCAUUGUUAGUCAUGCUGUCUUUUAUUAUCCAUCAGGGGCUGUUCCAGAUAUUGGCCUACACGCAGCUGGAUUUUCUUUCUGCGCAUCAGCAAUAUCAUUUGUUCGACGCCAUGUUUUUUGUAGGCUACACAGCUUCAAUGCUUUCAGUCAAGAUUUUCAGGCUGACUCUCACUUGGCUUUUGGCAGCACUUCAAGUGAUCAACAUUAUCAUACUGACCGCGGAUGGCGUACUACAUUACAUAAAGUCGAUUUGGAUCAUUUUCUUCAUGGUUUUCUAUGCCGGGUUUCUCUUUGGAGGAGGUCUCGUGGGAGCUAUUUAUGAACUUUACACGACUGUGGAUCCAGUGGCAAGAGAAUUCGGGUUGGCAGCAGUUAGUGCGUGGUCUGAAAUUGGUGUGUUGUUGGGGGCUCUCCUGGGCGUGGCGCUUCACAACAUGAUUUGUUCGACUGUUCGGAAAUAACUUUAUACAUAUAUUUUCUCCUGGAUUUUUCAAUAAAAUUCCAACCGUGAUCACUUA